CGCUUGUGGGAAAGGAGCAUGGCCUCCACCAAGAGGGUCUUGUACGUGGCAUUUGCUAAGGCCACAUGAAUAGUGAGCAUCAAACAUGAGGUGUUUUCUGUGAGCAGGUGGGCUUGCGGAAGAAGUGGACGAGAGGGUGCUGCAUGCAGCUUUCAUUCCUUUUGGUGACAUCACAGAUAUCCAGAUCCCGCUGGACUAUGAGACAGAAAAACAUCGUGGUUUCGCUUUUAUUGAAUUUGAGCUGGCUGAGGAUGCUGCAGCAGCCAUCGACAAUAUGAACGAAUCUGAGCUUUUUGGAAGGACGAUUCGUGUCAACCUGGCCAAACCAAUGAGAAUUAAGGAAGGAUCCUCCCGGCCUGUCUGGUCAGAUGAUGACUGGCUGAAGAAAUUUUCAGGGAAGACCCUUGAAGAGAAUGUGGAAGAAGAAGGGGCUGAGCCUGCCAAAUCAGAGGCCCAGGAGGGUGAGCCUCCAGCCAAGAAAUCAAGGGCUAACCCUCAGGUUUACAUGGACAUCAAGAUUGGAAAUAAACCUGCUGGCCGCAUAAACAUGCUCUUAAGAUCGGAUAUUGUACCCAUGACCACAGAGAACUUCCGCUGUCUGUGCACGCAUGAGAAGGGAUUUGGCUUCAAAGGGAGCAGCUUUCAUCGUGUGAUCCCCCAGUUCAUGUGCCAAGCUGGUGACUUCACUCACCACAACGGCACAGGGGGGAAAUCCAUCUAUGGGAAGAAAUUUGAUGAUGAAAACUUCAUUCUGAAACAUGUGGGGCCAGGCAUGCUGUCCAUGGCCAAUUCUGGCCCCAACACCAACGGAUCUCAGUUCUUCAUCACUUGUGAUAAGACCGAUUGGCUGGAUGGGAAACAUGUUGUGUUUGGAGAGGUCACAGAAGGGAUGGAUGUGAUGCGGCAGAUUGAGGCUCAAGGAAGUAAAGAUGGAAAACCAAAGCAAAAAGUGAUCAUCUCAGACUGUGGUGAAUAUGUGUGAAUAAUUGUGUAAGGGAAAAAAAACUAGCUGGAAAGAACAGAUGGAAAAAGAAAAACUGUCCCUUCUGCCAUUGGCCUAGGCAGCUUCUUGGAGCUCUUCGCACAACACGAGUGCAAAACUGAGGCUGUUUUUACUCCUCAGGAGGGUGCUUGGACCAACCCCUCCCCCCCCAUGUAAAUAUUCAUGUGCUUGUAGAAAUUUUUGUUUAGUGUUCUUAUUCAGAACAGCCAAUUCUACAGCGCUGUGUUUUGUACAGAACUAACCUGCACAUAAAAUAAAUUGUAGAUAAUCUUUUUAAA